ACGUACUCCUGCUUCUUACUCCUCCCUCUUGCAUCAUUAUUUUCCCGGUUCCCCUUCACUGGUGCGUGGAAAGCAGUAGGUGGAAAGUCCUACCAGUUAGAAGGAAACAGUUGGGGAGUAUAAAGCAGUGGUGGUGCAGAGCUUCUCCCAGCACCGAGCACCGCCAAGCAGCACCAGAGAGGCACGAGUACAUAAGAUAAGCAGGAUGGCAUCGCGUUUAGUGAGGGGAGUGGCGAGGACGAUGACCACUGUGGCAGCCGUCAAGACCCCAAGGCUGACCCGGGCCGGCAGGUACAUCAGCACAUCCCUGCUGGUGUCAGGGGGUGUGGCGCUGUAUGCCUCCCACCAGGGCUCUGUGGCAGCUGCUCAGAAGGCUCCAACCACCAUUGACACCUCUAAGUUCAUGGCACCGCCCAUUACAGAGCUCAGCGUGUUGGAGGGGAAGCCAAACGACAUGAGGACUAAGAUGGAACUAAUGAUUAUGAGGAUACAGUCUGAGUUCUGCCGAGCGCUGGAGGGGGAGGAGGGUGCCGGCUGCAAGUUUACUGUGGACAGGUGGCGUCGUCACAACCCCAGCGAGGGUGGAGGAGUGACGUGUGUGCUGCAGGACGGCAAGACAUUUGAGAAGGCAGGCGUUAACAUCACUGUGAUGACGGCACCUCUCUCUAAGGAGCUGCAGGCAAGCAUGAGGGCAAGAGGGAAGAAGCUGCCGGAGGACAAGAAGUUCUCAUUCUUCGCGGCGGGGAUCAGCUCAGUCAUCCACCCCAGGAACCCCCACGUGCCCACCAUCCACUUCAACUACCGCUACUUUGAGAUGCAGGAUGAGGAUGGCAACAACAAGCAUUGGUGGUUCGGAGGGGGGACAGACCUGACCCCAUAUUAUCUCGACGAGGGGGACGUGAAGCUCUUCCAUGGGGUGCUGAAGUCUGCCUGUGACCGCCACCAGCCCGACUACUACUCCAGGUUCAAGAAGUGGUGUGAUGACUACUUCUUUGUCAAGUUCAGAGGGGAGAGAAGAGGUGUUGGUGGAAUCUUCUUUGACGACCUCGAGGACACCGACCCAGAGAAGAUGUUUGGGUUUGUGACGGACUGUGCUGAUGCCGUCAUUCCUUCCUACCUGCCCCUGGUCAAGAAGCACAAGAAUGAUGCUGUCUCAGAGGAAGAGCGGCGUUGGCAGCUGCUUCGUCGUGGCAGAUAUGUGGAGUUUAACUUGGUGUAUGAUCGUGGUACCAAGUUUGGAUUUGCAACACCCAAUGCCAGGAUUGAGAGUAUCUUGAUGUCCCUUCCUCUCCAUGCGAGGUGGGAGUACAUGCACCAGCCAGCACCAGGCACACCAGAGUACAAGAUUACAGAGGUGCUGAAGAACCCCAAGGACUGGGUGUAGCUGUGCCACUGUGAGGGCAAGGAGGGGUUCACUCACUGGGGCCAAGGUGCCAGUCCAUUCACUGAGACAUGCAGCAAACACCACCAACACCUUAUGAGCAUCAACAAGUAAGAACAGGGGAAUUAAAAAUAUAUUUAGUAGUCCAUAGCCAGUGUAAUGCUUGGGGUGGUUGUAGAGCAGGAAAUUUAGUCUCUGGUUAGUAAUUAAGGAAAAAAUGUGCUUAAUAACAAUAAAAAAAGGUUAAAAUGAUAUUGUGGGUGUUUGUGUUUUUUUUAUUUAUUUUUUUUUUAUUGUUUCUUGUUGUGUGUUUUAGCUGUUAUGAGUUUGCAUCUUAUUAUUGUUAUUGUUAUUGUUGUUGUUAUUAUUAUUAUUAUUAUUAUUAUUAUUAUUAUUAUUAUUAUUAUUAUUAUUAUUUAUUUAUUUAUUUAUUUAUUUAUUUUUAUUCAUUUACUUAUUUACUUUUCUUGUUUUAAUUCCAUAAGUUUCUUUGCUUACAUUCAGAUUAUAUUGAUUGUUGACAGUCUUGUACAAAUUUCCAUAUUUUCAUCAUGAAUUUUUUUUUUUUUUUUUUUUUUUCUUCAUAAUCACUUUUUUUAUAUUCAGCCAACCCCAUAAAGGGAAAUAGCAAUGUUGAAUUAAAUGAUAAUUGUGAUGGUGAUAUUAAUGAUGGUGAAUUUUAGUAGUUUUGUUAAUGUAGUUUAUGUUUAAACCCAGGGUGUUCAUUCAUUCAUUCCAGAUAUCAUAGUUCACAUGUGUUCAAUUUAAGCCAACAUGAAGAACAAGAAGAAUGUGAAGUUAUGCAUUCUAUUUAGAUGAUGAUUAUAUGUGCCUUAACUCUCUAAAUAAUUUACCUAUCAACUUGUCUCUGUCCAUGUAUCUCUCUAGGCAACCAACUCUCUAUGUAUGUACCUAUCUGUCUAUCUUUCUUUAUCAAAUAGAUGUUAAUGAAGACAGAACAUCUUGCAUUGUAGGAAUAAAAUAUAGCAAAGAGGGAUUUCCAGUCCCCCAUUGCAUCUUUUAGCUGCUUCUAAUAUAGUGGAGAAUAUAGUGGUUGUAUUUUUUCAUUGUGGAGUGUAUGAGUAUAGAUUAUUGUAUAUGAAAAGACAUGUUGUGUGUGUGUGUGUGUGUGUGCGUGUGCGUGUGUGCGUGCGUGUGUGUUUGGAAAACCAAUCAUGACGGAACUGAUAUUGCUAACAUUCAUGAUUUGUGUAGUUUUUUUUUUCAGUGUGUGUGUGUGUGUGUGUGUAAUGUGAUGGUAAUAGUGAUAUUGAUAAUUCUAAUGGGUUGUGUCUGUUUCUCAUGGCAGUGGACCUUCCCGUCUCAGCACAAAUGUGGAAAUGUGUGCAAUAGAUAACCAAGUAUUUGUUCUCUGUUUAAUAAGGUUUCUCAGGAUCAAAGUAUUUCUUGCAUAAAUAUUCUCUAAUUAUUGGAGAUUCUAUAUUUGUACUUAAUUUCUGCAUUUAUUUAGUCUUUUCAUGAGUAAAAUCAGUUUAUAUAUUUAUUUUCAUAUCAUAGAUUCAGAAUGUUUAUAUUAUGUUCCUGAUAUUUUUAAUCAUGUAUUUAAUUUAACUUAAUGCACAAAUCUGACUAACUGCCAUCCACCAGUCUCGUAUUUGCACCUAAACCAUUAUUGAUGAGGUGCCACACUGUCCUAAUGAAAAUAAUCUGCUCUCCUAUAAUUAUGGUGCUCUCUGGUUGUUUUCAUCUUUCAUUACUAAAAGAGAAUGUGAAUGAUAUAUAAGAGGUUCAAACAGCUUGGUGAUUGUGUCUAGAGGUUUUGUGUCCUGUGUGGAGAAUGAUUUGCAUUGUAAGUAGAGCUUGAUUGCUGCAGUGCUGGAUGAAAUUGUUGAGGAAUUAUAAAGUACUUUUCUAUAGGGUUCUUAUUUUAAUAUAAAUAAUAAAGAUAAACAGAAAUAUA